GGAAGCUGCUGACGUGGAUCUUAAUUUGUAUCCUAGAAAGUGCGGAUUACUGGAAAUUCCUUUUUCGGGUCAGGAUUCAGGAAGCUUGUCCUGCCCAGGUACAAUGAAAGGCGGGCCUGAUAAUUGCAGAUGAUGAUUGAUUCUGAAGAAAAAAAAUGGGGGUUCUUGGAAGCCUAUUGGGAAUCUUUGGAUUUUGUAUUGGGGUUCUCAUAGGCCUAACGAUUGGCUAUUUUUUGUUCAUAUACGAUGUGCCAACAGAUGUUAAGGAUCCACCUGAAAGUAGACCACUUGAAGAGCUUGACUCAACCUCCUUGGUUGAUCUUUUCCCUGAACUUCCAUCAUGGGUUAUGGAUCCUGGUUUUGAACGUGUUGAGUGGUUGAAUGAGUUCAUAGCUUAUAUUUGGCCAUAUCUGGACAAGGCAAUUGCUGCAGUCAUCAGAGGUGCAACAAAACCUAUUUUUGCAGAGUAUAUUGGCAAGUUUCAGCUAAAGUCCAUUGCGUUUGAACACUUUACUCUUGGAACUUUAGCCCCAAAAAUCAAUGGUAUAAAAUUGCUUAAAUCCAAAGAAAAUCAGCUAAACUUUGAACUUAUAUUCAGAUGGGCUGGCAAUCCCAAUAUUAUUGUAGCGGUGGAAUUGCUAUCUCUAAAAAUCCAUGUGCAGUUAAUAGAUUUACAAAUAUGUGCAAAAUCACGAGUGAUUCUAAGGCCUUUGUUGCCUACCUUCCCAUGCUUUUCAAGCAUUACUGUAUCACUUAUGGAAAAGCCAAAUGUAGAUUUUGGCCUGAAGGUUUUAGGAGGAGAUGUUAUGGCAAUCCCUGGCUUACACCACUUCGUUCAGGGAACUAUAAGCAAAGAAGUUUCCAAGCUUUGCCUCUGGCCACAAACAGUUGAAAUACCAAUUCUUGACGGAUCAAUAGGAACUGUGAAGAGGCCUGUUGGAAUACUGCAUGUGAAAGUCUUGAGAGCAUCGAAUCUACUGAACACAGAUGUCUUUAGUAAAUCUGAUCCUUAUGUUAAGCUCAGCCUUGGCAAGGAGCUAUUACCAGCAAAGAAGACUAGUGUAAAAAUGAAUACUCUGGAUCCUGAGUGGAAUGAAGACUUCAAAUUGACCGUAAAGGACCCAGAUUAUCAAAUACUGGAAGUACAUUUAUAUGACUGGGAAAAGUUUGGAACACAUGACAAGCUGGGGAUGCAAGCAGUUCCUCUGAAGUUGCUCAAACCUUAUGAGAAGAAAGAAUUCACUCUGAACUUGCUAAACAGCACUGAUUCUAAUGAUCCUCAGAACAAGAAACCACGGGGUGAUAUUACAUUGGAAAUGACAUUUAUUCCAUUCCAAGAAGAUAGCAAAAAGUUCAGUUCAAUUUUGGGAAACCAAAAUGCAGAAAGUACGAAGAGCAUACCAGAGAGCAAUUGCUUGCAAGGAGCGGGUUUGCUUUCUGUAAGACUUGUAGGUGCAGAUGAUAUAGAGGGAAAAACCAGUACCAAUCCUUAUGCGGUUAUCCAUUUUAGAGGAGAGGAGAGAAAGACCAAGAGGAUCAAGAAGUGUUUGCAUCCAAGAUGGGAAGAAGAAUUCCAAUUUGUGUUAGAAGAGGCUCCUUUGAAGGACCAUAUCCAUGUAGAAGUCUUGAGCGUACAAAGGAGGGCCUUUGGUUUUCGGUGGAAGGAGUCUCUAGGGUACAUUGAUAUCCAGCUCCGGGACAUAGUCUACAAUGGGCGUAUAAAUGAAAAGUACCAUCUUAUAAAUUCUAAAUACGGAGUAUUACAUGUUGACACUCGGUGGAAGGUGAUAUGAUCUGUUGGGGAUUCUUUUGAAUCACAUGUUAACUUUUUUGUUCCUAUAUUUGUUUCUUGGUGAAUAAUAGAUAUAUGCGAAUAAUUAUCAGACUAUUAUACUAAAGAUCCCUAAGAGUCUGUUUGGAAUACAAAAAAAUGCCAAGGAAAUAAAAUUAAGGGCAAUAUAUAGGGUACAUGGAAUGACAG